AGCAAAACCAUAACAUGUGGUACUAAAAUACUAUUAGUCAGCAGAACCACCAGACAUAUACCGAUUUAUAGUGUACAAGAUCUCAUCAGUAUGCCUUAGAUCAUAUAAAGUACAUAAUUUAUCCUUAUCAGCCACGUAGCCUUACAAACAAGUCACCCAAACGCAAAUCUAUAUAAGCCGAGAGCAAGCGAACUGGAUAAAAAAGUCGGGUUUUCGAAAAAUGGAACGCAAAAUUUAUGAAAAAUUACCAUUCGAAAUAGUGGAACCCGAAAAUGACAUACCGAACAAUUAUUUAAGUGUGGACAACGGUUUAGUAUUCGUUGGCCCUAAAAGGUAUGCUGAGCGGAGCUAUUACAAAAAACAUGGAUUGGACAUUUACAAUUUUGAAGCUAGACCAGAUGAUAUCUAUUUAGUUGGAUGCCAAAGAACUGGCACUACUCUUCACAGCGAAAUGGUGUGGCUCAUACAAAACGACCUGGAUUUCGAAAGUGCCGCAAAAGAUAUCUUAGAUCACAGAUUUCCUCAUAUAGAUUUCAGUGUAAUAGGCGUUUUCGAGUUUUUGGAGAUAGCUCUAAAAGCGAACAAGGACAGAGACAAAUUUUCAGAGAUACAUCGAAAGUAUCAAGAGUUAGAUUUGAAGGGUCUGUCAGAGCAAAAGGGUAGAAGAUUUAUAAGAUCUCACCUUCCUCUUAGCUUGAUGCCUCCACAUAUCUUUGAGGUUGGAGCGAAGGUAAUUUACUGCGCCAGAAAUCCGAAGGAUAUGCUGGUGUCUUUAUAUAAUAUGUAUAGUAAUAUAGGAAUUAGCUUACCAGAUAGAAGCUUUCAAAAUUACAUUGACGUUUUCAAAAACGAUUCAGCAUUCACGUGGCCAUACAUCGAACACGUCAAAGAAGGCUGGGACAGAAGGAACGAUGAAAACUUUCUGUUCCUGUUCUACGAAGAUACUAUAAGGGAUAAACGCCGAACAAUUCAAAAAGUGGCCGAUUUUCUGGGGAAAAAUUUGUCCGAAGACCAAGUGGAUCGUUUGGAAGAUCACCUCAAGAUUGAAAAUUUUAGAAACAACAAGUCAGUCAACUGGGACUCCUUCGUCCAAAUGGGACUUUUUAAGGAUAGUAACAAAUUCAUAAGAAAGGGCGAAUCUGGUGGUUGGAAGGAGUUAUUCGAUGAAGAAGCAGGGAAAGAAUUCGAUCAGAUUGUGGAGGAAAAGUUAAAGGGAACGGAUCUUAGAUUUCCAAGCGGUUCUACUUGAUGCGACGGAUAUAAAUUCAAAAACAUGUUUUAUAUGUAUAAUAAGUCAUUCUAUUUUGUGAAUUAAAAUGGACAAUUAUAAGAACUUUGUUAACAUUGUA